AUGCGACGCCCGCGGUCGUCCGCGCGCGGUCGUUCGCGCGCGCGCGCGCGUGCCUCGGUCUCGCUCGUCGUCCUGGGAACGGCCGUCUUCGUUCGGUCGUGCGACGCGGCGACGACGUACGUGACGCUUCCGGUGGACGGGUCGUUUCACGGCGAGUACGAAUCGAUCGGAAGGGAUGCGUGGACGUAUUUUAAGUUUGCCGUGCCGACGCCGAGCGACGUCGACGUCGUCGUGGACGUUGAGAGCGGCGACGCGGAUGUUUACGUACUGCCUCCGUGUUCGCCCGCGAGCGCGCCGUGCGACGAUCCGAGCGACGUGGAGGGGAAGUACGCGUGGGCGAGUUGGCACGGGAGUGGACCGGAGGAGGUUUUCAUAUCUAGAGAGUUUGUCACGAAUACAUCCUUCGGGACGGAUAAAUUUUUUCGAGUGGGCGUGCACGGUUGGGCGCAGCACGGCUCGCGCUUUCGCAUCUCAGUCGAGGCUGUUCCGGAGUCACGAGCGAUGGUUAAGGACGAAAAGGAUGCUUUAGAUAGCAUAUAUAACAAGUGUUGCAACGGUUCGGACUCGUGCGCUGGAUGGAAGACAAUCAAGAGCAGAGAUUUGGACUACUGUCACUCGGGCCUCGCGUCGUGCACAAAGUCAAACUCGACGCGUCAACUAAAUCUGCAAAGUCAGAGGAUGGACUGCGAGCUCACAAGAGCUGAUUUCGCCACUUUCGGAUCUUCGAUCACGAGAUUAUACCUGAAUCAGCCGGCGAACCUGUCGUCGAAACUUACCUUUUCGUUCGGGUUGAACCAGACGCACUCGUCGAUCGACUUGUUGUCCGUGCUCCCUAGUCUGUUCACGUUGAGCUUGUCGUACGCCGAUUUAGGUGGAAGAACGUUGGAAAACGCGUUCUGUCGCGACGGUGUGAGCGCAAACCUGACAGAAAUCUCCGUUACAGGCGCUAAUCUCACGGGGGAGGUCCCAUUGUGUCUGUUCCAACGCGUCCCAAAGCUCGAGGCGCUGUACGCGGAUAGCAACCACUUUGGAGGAACACUUCCCGACUUACCUAUGUCGGCAAACUUGCGAGCGUUGCAUCUUUCGAAUCAACGAACCACGACGAGAACGAUUUCUGGCGCGAUUCCAUCAUCGUACGCUUCAUCCGUGACGUUGGAACACCUGUGGUUGAGCGGUCUGAACAUGACGGGAUCAAUUCCUGACGUUUUCAACGUCUCCGCGGGACGUUUUCGGGAUAUAGACGUGAGCGAAAACCUCUUACGUGGGUCCAUCCCAGCAACGCUGGCGCAGCAAGUGCACUUGGAAUCGCUCCACAUGGGCAACAAUCAGUUCAGUGGGGCCGUGCCCGCCGGACUGUACGACCAUCCCAGUCGACGCGUCGUCGACAUCAAGUCGAACCAACUUACGGCGCUCAACGUAGCGUCAGCGCAUAGUGAUCUGGGUGCCUCCCUCAUUACGCUGAACGCGGCGAACAACCGCAUCAAUGAGCCCGGCAUACCUUCAGUACUGACGAGAAUGCCGAAACUGACGUAUCUUGAUCUCUCAGGGAAUGAUCUCCACGGCGAAAUCCUCAGCAACGCGUCCACAAAUUCGUGGGCGUUAUUGCAACUGGAUGUGAGCUCGAACUCUUUGAACGGCACCAUCCCUGAUGCUUCGUACUGGGGCCAAAUCUUCACUCCAGGUCCUCUCGAUCGAUUGUUUGACAUCUCAUCGAACUCGUACGAGAGCGUGCCGGACUGGUUAAAUAGUUAUGUCGGAAUGUCGGGAUUGACGAUUCGCAAAGAUCCGAGCGCUGCCGUCGCACCGACGGACGAUGGGUCGGGGCUUACGAAAUCUACAGCGCGCAAUCGACCUUCGACUUUCUUGGUCAUCGUUUUUGUCGUUGGUAUCUCUACGCUGAGCACCGUCGCAGGGGUUCUGGCGUUGUACGUGCAGCGUUCGAGACGAUUCUCGAACCAAUUUCGACCAUUUCAGACGGGUAACUUUCGCGGCGUCGAAUUGACGUAG